AUGCAAUACACUCCCCCGACAGACCCUCGGGGGAUUUCUCUUGCCGGCAAAACAGUCCUGUUAACGGGUGCAACCUCGGGUCUUGGCUAUGAAGCCGCCAUUAAAUUCCUCAAUCUGGGAGUCGAUUCAUUAGUGAUUGGAAGUCGCAAUCUAGAGCGCGGAAACCGCACUAAGUCCGAGCUUGAAAAAGUCACCAGUCGCCCAGGUGUGGUACAGGUCUGGGAGCUUGAGAUGAACAAUUUUCAAAGUGUCAAGGAUUUCGCCAGUCGGGUCAACAAGGAGCUUCCCCGGGUCGAUAUCGCGCUGUUGAAUGCCGGUCUCUGGAACCGUGAAUAUCUCCUAUCGCCCGAGGGCUGGGAAGAGACAUUACAAGUGAAUACUCUCUCAACAUCACUUUUGGCUUUGCUACUUCUUCCCAAACUCCGUGAAUCCUCAGGCGCCGAGCCUACCCACCUUAGCGUGGUUUCAAGUCAGCAAUUCGUUCGUGCCAAGGCUGAGAGCCUCACAAUAGAGGGAUCCUUGUUGGAACAUCUAAAUUCCCAGGAUAGGUAUCAGGGACCGAAGCAGUACGGGAUUUCCAAAUUGCUGCUCGAAUACGUUGUGAAAACUGUCGCGGAUCUUGUUCGCAAUGAGGAUGGCACAGUGCCCAUUAUCGUAAACACGAUCAGUCCUGGCUUGUGCCAAUCGUCCCUCACACGGCAAUACCGUCGGCGAUUUUAUGAGCGAUGGCUGUCGUGGCUGGCAUACCGGCUCUUUGCCCGAACGACCGAACAAGGUAGUCGGUCUUUAGUAAGCGCGACAUUUCAGGGCGUCGAGUCGCAGGGCAAAUGCUGGCGCAGUGAUGGUUAUUUGGAUGAAUCCAAAGCCCUCACAACUGGACCCCAAGGAAAGGAGUUCCAGGACAAAGCGUGGAAUGAAAUCGUGGAGUUGCUAGAAAGCCAGGCAGAAGUGCGCGGUAUUAUCGAGGGUCGGGGAUGA